AUGGGAAAUGAAUCUUCAAAACCGCGCAGGAGAGGUCAUGUUAAAAAUAAGCCUUUAUUUCACAGGAUAUCCUCGCCACAUUCUUUGAUCAAGUAUUACGUCGUAGUGAUUGGAUCUGGUUAUGGGACAUCCAUCGCCGCAAGCCGCUGCUCACGCGCUGGUCAAUCAGAGUGCGUUCUGGAACGAGGCAAGGAGUGGUUACUGGGUGAUUUUCCUGAGACUUUCAGAAAAGCACCAGAACAUGCACAAGUCAAUUUUGGUGGCAAGGGAAGAAAGUUAGGUCAGCCCUCUGAUUUACACGAACUGAUCGUCACUGAUGACCUGGCAGUGGUUCAAGGGUGCGGUCUUGGUGGGGGUUCUCUGGUGAAUGCCAAUGUGGGACUGGAAGCGGAGCCUGGGGUGUUCCAGGACCCGGCAUGGCUAGAAGAACUAAGGUACGACGUGGAUCAGUUAUUGACAAUCGAUCAGCAGCACUUUGUUGAUAUAAUAAAACCAACGCCAUACCCUGACAAUUACCCACCCUUAAAAAAACUUGACCGAAUGAGGGAUGGAUUAAGCAAGAUUGAUAUCGAGGACUUUGAUGGUGCUUUCAAGACAUCUCUUUACGUCACGUUCAAGGACACGCCAUCGAAUCACGUUGGUAUCCCCAAACCUAAAUGCACAGCGUGCGGGAAUUGUUUUUCAGGCUGCAAUGUGGGAACUAAAAACACAUUGAAUUUUAAUUACCUGCCUGAUGCGAAGGCUCACGGAGCAGAGAUAUUUGUGGAGGUAGUAUCUAUUCACAAGGCUCAUAACUUCACUGAUUGGAUCGUCAGUUACAAGAGGUAGGCUCCUGGAAGUUUCGAUCUAGAAGAACGAGUACUGUUGCUAACUAUAAAGAUUGAUGCGUUCGUGUUCAUGACAUUGCAUUUGGGGAAAUUUCUUUCGACAAAAAAAAUCGAUGACAUUGAUAUAACAUGGGACAGAGUUGGAUAUGAGAGCAACUUCAAGACGAUUGACCAGAAACUGCAAAAAGUAGUACAUGGUCUUGGUGGAACAUAUGUGAGGAAUCCAAUGUGGUCAGAAACAUUGGGUAAAGGAGUCAUCUCCGUGCAUCCCUUGGAUGGCUGUUCCAUGGGUGAAUCUGGCAGAAUUAACAAUAAUUUAGUGUUAACUCAAUCACUGAGAGUCGUCUUCAUUUAGUCGCUUUUAUA